AUGCAGGAAAAAAAAUUAUCGUACUUUUUCCAGGAGUUGCGAACUCUCAUAGCUGCCGUGCAGCUGGACCCUCGUCUAAAAAAAGUUCGUGUCACCAUUUUCAAGGAAGAAGUUCGUACUGGGGUCGUGAGGACGGAAGUAUUCCGCGUCCACCCCUCAACGUUUGAAGAGGCUGUAGACAUGGCGCUAAACACGAAGUUCAACGUUGGAGCCGCUUGCUUUCGCAUUCACGGGCGUGUUCAAAGAUCGUUUGACGGUGUUGAGCACAUGGAAUUUAGCCCUGCUGAAGAAGAAGAAGUCGAGCUUCAAGAUGUUGAGCAUUAG